CAAGUUCAAGUUGGAUCGAUAAACAUAUUCGAAUAUUUGGAUCAUAUAAUCAUUAGAAAAGAUGUCAACCGAACAAAAAGUGGGUACUCCAUCUCAGAGCUUGUUGAACAACAACUGGGACGUCGUAAUUUCCAACGGUCUUGUGAAAACCGGGUUAGGUUUCGGAGGAGGUGUUUUAGCAUCGAUUGUGCUUUUCAAGAGAAGAGCUUGGCCUGUGUGGGUAGGUGUGGGUUUCGGACUAGGAAGAGGUUACUCUGAAGGAGAUGCUAUUUUCAGAGGUCACCAAGUCGACUUCGGAUUAAGGAAUGUCAAGGCUUAAUGGAGACAGGUCCAUUAGUUAUUCACCACAGACUCAUAAAUAGUUUCAACUGGUCUUCAUGGCUGUUUAGAUUAAAAUGCAUAUUGAUGUAU